AUGGUCCCUGGAGGAGAAGGAGUCAUCUCCACAGAGGAGCAGAGGGAGAGCAGGAGAGUUCUCACUACGACAGGCAAGGAGUGUAAAUUUCCGUUUCGUCAGGGCGGCCGGCUCCACCAUCACUGCGUCACCAUCAUGUCCCCGAGACCGUGGUGUUCACUCUCUCAUAACUUUGAUCGGGACCGGCUGUGGGGUUUCUGUGCACCGGACCGAACUCAAACAAACAUUCUCGUCCACACGUCUCGUAAAACCACAGAUCCAUGUCAAGCGAACCCGUGUCAGAAUGGCGGCGUCUGCGCGUCGAGCCCACACAGACGCACGUUCGAGUGCCGCUGUCCUGAGAGAUUCUCUGGGAGACUUUGUGAACAGAAGAAGUGCUACGACACCGUACACCUGCGCCAUUAUGACAUCGGAGAGUCUUGGGGACGCAUCCACCUCCGUAACGUGGAACAGUGCACAUGUGUGGCGGGGGAGAUGGAGUGUGAAAGAGUCCGCUACUCAACGUGCCGUACGAACCAGUGUCAGAACGACGGAACGUGUCGACUCAUCACAGCCACCGGCAGGGAAGUGUGUAACUGCAGGCACGGCUACAGCGGCGCCGACUGUAGCUUUGAGAUGGAGGCCGAGUGCUAUAACGCCAGGGGAAAGAGUUACCGAGGGCUGGCGAACACCACGGUGUCUGGAGCCCAGUGUCUGCCGUGGAACUCAGACCUGCUGUACGACGAGCUCCACAUGGGAACGGUGGCCGAGUCUCAGCUGAGCGGCCUUGGCGAGCACGCCUACUGCAGAAACCCAGACAGGGACAAGAAGCCGUGGUGCUACACGCUGAAUGACGACGCCAUCUCCUGGGAGUACUGUGACGUCCCCUCCUGUGUGAUGUCCGUGUCUUCUUCUCGAAGGAUUAUCCCGUUGAAGACCCCGAGGCCCCCGAAGCCAAACAGAAAGCCUGUGUGCGGGAAAAAGCACAAGAAGAGGCUGUCGAUAGCCAGGGGGCGGAUAAUGGGAGGAAACGCAGCUCUGCCGGGCACUCACCCCUGGAUGGUGGCGAUUUAUAUCGGGAAGUCCGACUUCUGCGCCGGCAGCCUCAUCUCCUCCUGCUGGGUUGUGUCUGCGGCGCACUGCUUCUUCCGCAACCCGCUGAGGUCUCAGCUCCGCGUGGUCCUCGGCCAGCAAAACUUCAACGUCACCGGCCCCAACACAAGGACGUUCGGAGUGGAGGAGUACGUCUUCCCAAAUCAGUUUUCAGUGUUUAAUCCUACGCUGCAUGACAUCGUUCUGAUCAAGCUGAAGAAGCAGGACGGGCGUUGUGUGAGGAGGACGCCGUUCAUCCGGCCCAUCUGUCUGCCGGAAAAAAGCAUGACCUUCCCCGAUGGCUACUGCUGCACCAUCAGCGGCUGGGGACACAUGCACGAGAAGGAUGAACUAUACUCGACUCUGCAGGAGGCUGGAGUCAGACUGAUUCCUCACGACACCUGUAAGAAGCCUGAAGUCUACGGCAACCACGUCACCGCCGACAUGAUGUGUGCCGGACUCAACGGCUGCUCAGACGCCUGCCAGGGCGACUCUGGGGGCCCUCUGUCCUGUGCGAGGGAUGAUGUCAGCUUCCUGUAUGGGAUCAUCAGCUGGGGCGAGGGCUGCGGCCGCUCUGGAAAACCUGGCGUUUACACUAAAGUGGUAAAUUAUAUCGAUUGGAUCAACUCAGUGAUCCGUCGUAAAGCCAAAGCUUCAUGAGUGAAAAUUGACGCGGACAUUUGCUUUAAUAUGAGAUGUACUGUAUUUUAUUAUAACUGUUUUUAUAAUAAAGCUUGUGGAAGUUUAUGCGUUCUCUUUUAACUGUGAAACAUUUUGACUGAAUAAACCUUCACUGAC